UGCCUGUACACUAAAGUUCCAUCAUUUAGACAUAACCUAACAAGAUGUCUCACAUUUUCUGGCAGUCUGAUUAACCGGCUGAUAUUUGCAAACACCAGAUACAUCCCACUGGACUAUGACAAAAAUGACCUUUACUUUUAACCUUCUUCUGGUUCUUCUGGGUCUCUGCAGCAUGUGGCAGAGGACAGAUGGUCAGGCAUUAGGUAAACCUGUGAUUUGGGGUCCCUCUGAGGGCAUCGUGAGGACCGUUGAGGAGUUCUUCUGCAAGGUUGAUGAAAUUCCAGAAGAUGUGUCUAUUGUGUAUCAGCUCUUUAAAGAAGGUGACGUUAGGAGGCUCAUUGGGGAGUACACUUCUCUCAGCGGUGAGCCUGGCAAGUUUCCUGUUUAUGUCCGCUCUACUUUUGAUGGAAGGUACAUAUGCAAAGCGAGUGGACACAACAACGCAGAAGUCAUACCCUCAUACAGCGACCCACUGCGCUUCAGAGUCAUUGAAAAGAUAGAAGGUGCACACAUCACAUUAGACCCGCCAUCUGAGGAAUUCUGGGAGGAAGAGAGUGUGACUCUGCAGUGUAGUGUGACUAGGGGGACUUAUGUCUCUUAUGAUUGGCUCUUGGACAAGGUAGCAGUCCAGCACCACUACAACAGGUCUCAGAACCAACUGACCAUUCAAAGCCUGUCCACCAGUGACAGUGGGAGAUACUCCUGUGUGGCUUCAAACCAAUUCAAUGGCACGUUGUUCUCCAGCAGCACUUCUGAUGGCAAGAAUGUGAAUGUAAAAGAUGGUCAGACAUUAGGUAAACCCGUGAUUUGGGGUCCCUCUGAGGGCAUCGUGAGGACUGUUGUGGAGUUGUUCUGCAAGGUUGAUGAAAAUCCAGAAGAUGUGUCUAUUCUUUAUCAGCUCUUUAAAGAAGGUGACGUUAGGAGGCCCCCUGUCGAGUACACUUCUCUCAGUGGUGAGCCUGGCAAGUUUUCUAUUUAUGUCCGCUCUGACCAUGAUGAAAGGUACAUAUGCAAAGCGAGUGGACACAACAACACAGAGGUCAUACCCUCACAGAGCGACCCACUGCGCUUCAGAGUCAUUGAAAAGAUAGAAGGUGCACACAUCACAUUAGACCCGCCAUCUGAGGAAUUCUGGGAGGAAGAGAGUGUGACUCUGCAGUGUAGUGUGACUAAAGGGACUUAUGUCUCUUAUGAUUGGCUCUUGAACAACGUACCAGUCCGGCAGCAUUACAACAGGUCUCAGAACCAACUGACCAUUCAAAGCCUGUCCACCAGUGACAGUGGGAGAUACUCCUGUGUGGCUUCAAACCAAUUCAAUGGCACGUUGUUCUCCAACAGCACUUCUGAUGGCAAGAAUGUGAAUGUAAAAGAAAAGAUAGAAGGUGCACACAUCACAUUAGACCCGCCAUCUGAGGAAUUCUGGGAGGAAGAGAGUGUGACUCUGCAGUGUAGUGUGACUAAAGGGACUUAUGUCUCUUAUGAUUGGCUCUUGAACAACGUACCAGUCCGGCAGCAUUACAACAGGUCUCAGAACCAACUGACCAUUCAAAGCCUGUCCACCAGUGACAGUGGGAGAUACUCCUGUGUGGCUUCAAACCAAUUCAAUGGCACGUUGUUCUCCAACAGCACUUCUGAUGGCAAGAAUGUGAAUGUAAAAGAGCAUGUCUCAGAACCCAAAAUCUCAUUUGAAGUUGUUAAAGACGGGGAGGGAAUUUUCUCUGCUAUCGUGAAGUGCCAGUCAGAGAAGGGGACCUCACCCAUAACCUUCACACUUCUCCGAAACAAUGACAGCAUUGCUGAGGAACAAGACAAAGACUUGCAAGCUAAAAUUGUGGUGCCAAUUCAACUAGACCGGAACAUGGGCUUGGUACAGUGCCAGGCAAGUGACAGGACCAGAACGGUAUCGAGUAAACCAGUGAACAUCACAGUGGAGUCAGUUGGGGGCGCUGUGACAAUGAAGGUGAACAGAACUGUGGUGAACAUUUCUGAAGUGUGGGCUGUGUGGCUGCGGUGCAGUGUGCAGAGGGGGACGUUUCCAGAAUACUCCUGGUUCCUCAACAACACCAGGCUGGAAAAACAAGACUUAUUUCUGCACCAGACAAAUAAUGCAGUCUUUCAAGUCAUUUUGGUCCCAGAGACUGCUGGACUCUACCACUGUGAGGCAGCAAAUGCAUUCGACAACACUACGAGAGUGCUCAGUCAAAAGUGGCUGAUCAAUAAAGAGGUGAUGAACAGACUUCCACUCUCAGUGACGAUCUUGGUUUUCACCAGUUUCUUCCUGCUGAUCGUUGCUGUGACUGCUUGUUGUCUCUAUGGAGUGGUGUUACGAAAGAAGAAAGCCAGAAUAUACAGAGUUGUUAAAGAAGAAUUCACAGAGAUGAGUAGCAUAGAUGAUGGCCUUUUAAGCGAGGAUGAAGAUGAUGAACUGAGUGUAGCUGUGUAUGAAGAAGACAUGGACGUUGUAGAAGCCUCCAGGAUAGAAGACUCUGAUGAGGGUGAAGACGAAGAAAGCAGCAUACCAGAUGAGGAAAGUGAUGAAGAAAAGAAUCUUCUGGAUGAAGAAACCCUUGAAGGCGCUGGUACUCAAGAGACUGAAUAGGAUUGAGAAAGUUAUUCUCACCUCUAAAUAUACCAAGCUUUUUGUAGCGCUGCAAAGAUGUGGCCUAGUGAAAUUAACGAAUGCUUACCAAAGGCCAUAGCCUUGGUUCCAUUACUCAGCUGUUCUGCUUUUUUACUGUUGCUGUGCUGUAGAGGAUGUAGGUCAACCAGCCAUCUACACUAGUGUAGAUGCCAUAUUUACAAUUUCUGGUAAUUUAAAUGCAUAAACAUAUUGCAGUGCGGAUAACAACUUACAACAUAUUAUGCAGAUUCAAAUAUUCCAAACUAUGUUUUAUUCAAUAGUUCAGGAAUUCUUUUCACAAAAAAAAAAAAAUUAAACAACAAACAGUAUACUGUAAUGAUCUAUUUUAAUACAUUUUUUAUAAAGUUAUCUGCCCUAAUAUUCCAUCCCCACUGUUGAAAUAUGCUAAAUUCUGAAUAUCAAUUUUAAUAUAACUUGAUUCUUAAUAUAACGUAAUAACUUUUUUAGUCGUUUUAUAAUCAUCAACAGCUCUGUUCAUCAUUCUGGACGUGUCUAAUAUUUCUUCAUUUUUAUUCACAUUUUCUUGUUGUUGUUGUUUCUAACAUCUGAAGCUGUGCAGGACGAGCACAUGAAAAUCGUUUUAUACAUUUAUCCGCAACCAAAUCAGUUUAAUGUUAUUGAAAACAGUAAUUUCAAACUUUGAAUGCUAGUGUAUGUUCAAAGAAAAUGGUCAGAUUGUUCAAGUUCAAAGAAACAUUUUGUAAAAUAUUUGUAAAAUAAGUUGUAUUUUAAAUU